AGGAGCUGGUGUUUUGUCUUUUCGAAUCAGAAGUUGUUCAGUUGAGAUUGAAUCGCGCGAAGCGUCAAGAGCGAGUGUGAGCGAUUUUCCUUCCACGCUGUCGGUGUCUCGGUUGGAUUUCUUUUUUUUUACUUUUUUCUGCUGAAGCAAUUGGUAUGGGAAGUACUUGAACGGCGGUGGUUUUCUUUAGAACUAUUGCCUAGGUUAGACACAAUCGAUUUGCCUGGGAUGUUGCUGAUUGAUACAUUGUUUAGUGGUGAUUCGAUCCAGCGUGUACUAGUCUGAAAUAGAACGCUACGGUACAUUUAGUUCACAAGUUUAACGGAACUGCUACAUUGUCAGUAGUAGAAGUGCAAGUUUAUGACCUGUUGUAUCACGAAAAGUUCGGUCCAGGACAGUAAGUCGUUCGGUAAAUAGUUGCUGCUACAAAGUAGCAGAAUUAUCACUAGCGGAAUUAACCCUGCUGUGGGUUGUGGGCGGUUGGCAAUCUAGGCAGUUUACUAAAAAGCGGGGAAAAUUGCCAGCAGCGAAAAAAUUUCCAUCUCUAGCUUUGGGCCACCCGGUGAAUGGAAGGUAGAGAAAAACCGGGCUGUUUGGCUGUUGGUAAAUAAUUUAAAUAAAAUUGCAAAAGUUUUAUCGCUUGUGUGCGACGUUCAGUGACCAAGCGACUGUCCGAGAGUCUCCGAUGUAACAUAACCGCAAAAUUAUUACACUGAGACAAUGUUUGGCCGACUGUUUGUGCUGGCGCUGCUGGGAAACUUUGUCCUCCAAUGGGAUGUUGGCGCAGCUCAGCGUCGCAAUGUGGCUGAUAUCGAACUGGAUGAAGAAAACGAGGCCAUCUGUAUGAAGGCGUGCUAUGUGGAAGAUUUAAGGAACAUUCGGGAGUACACCCAAAACCCACUGAACGUAACUAUCAACCAUUGCUUUCUCCAGGAGCUUCCGAAUGCCAUCUUCAUCAGAUUCACUGAUCUUCAAAUACUGGAAAUAAGUGACAGCAGACUGAAUCAUCUGCAGGAUUACGCCUUGAACGGUUUGAAAAAUCUUGAGGUGUUAAACUUUUCAAAAAACAAUCUAACAUCCAUUAAAUCCUGGAGUGAUCAUGACUUGGAACACCUUCAGACGCUAGAUAUUCGCAAGAACCUAGUGAAAAGCAUAAAUUCUCAAUCCUUCAAGCGCUACCCCAACUUAGCCAAACUAAUCCUAUCAAACAAUUUCCUAACAACAAUUCCCGAAGGUACCUUUUCAGAAGUACCGCAUCUACGAUACCUCAGUCUAGGCCGAAACUUAUUGACUUCAAUCGAAGAGCACACCCUUAAAGGCCUCAGCAAACUGACCCACGUGUCCUUCCACCACAACCAGAUAUCGUACGUUGACUUCUUCGCAUUCAUCGGGAACAGUCAUCUAAAACAUCUGCAGCUGCAGGGCAAUCAGAUCAGCAUUUUCGAAACGGAUCUACUGUCCAAUCUGCCGCGGCUAGCCUUCCUCAACAUAAGUCACAACUAUCUGGAGCAAGUCGGCGAAAACACCUUCAAAAAGAAUGCCGAUCUACGGACGCUGGAUCUGAGCUUCAAUCGCAUCGAAAGAUUCCAGGAAGACAGCCUCAAGGGACUGGUCAGCUUGGAGUUUCCAACUAAAAUGACCUAA